AUGACUGGACGAAAGAAAGUGAAGAAAGUACGCAAAAAAACAACCAAAACUAAGGAUACUAAGACCCAGGAAGGUUCUGUUGAUCAACUGCCUCCUGUAAAAAUGUUAAAAAAAGGAAAAAAGAUAAUUCGAAAGAAAGCUAGAACGUUAGACUUAAAAACAAAUACGAAUUCACGUGAUGCCCCAACAUUAUCUGGUGAUUUUAGCUCCGAAUUCAGAAGAUCUAAAGCGCUGACCUUAUCAUCAGAUGAUAAUUUCACAACAGAAGGAAAUUCAAUAGAAGGGAAAACUAAAAUCAAAAGGAAAAUAGCUUUUACAAAGAAAAGUCCAUCAAAGAAGUCAUUUAAGAAGCUAAAAUCUCCGAAAAAUUCUAAGUCUCCUAAAAAAACGAAAUCUGACAUUCAAAAUAAUGCAAAUAUCAUUAAAAUUACGCCGUUUCCUGAAAUAGAAUACCAAAACUAUCAAACACCUUCAAAUGAAAAUAAUGAUUUACAAAAUAUUGUGGAAAAUGCCCCGGAAAACUCUCAAAUUAUAAUACCAUCUGGGUUUUACCAAGUUGAAUUGGUUAUAAAGAAGCCAAUUAGCUUGAUCGCUCAAGGCGAGGUUAUUUUACUCGCACCAGGAACAAAUCAUACUUUAAUCGUAAAUUCCAUAGGUGUUUCAAUCAAAGGUUUCAAAAUUUGCCAAAAAUACUCUGAAAUCCAUUCCGCAAUUUACGUUGAAAAUGGAUCUUUACGAUUAACCGACUGCUUCGUUACAUCCGAAUACGCUCCUGCAAUAGUUCUAUCCUCGGAAUCUAUUUCUCAUAUAUUUAGAACUAGUUUUUCCUCUGUAAAAGCGCCACCAAUUUUUGCUUUUGAAAACUCGAUGAUUUCUGCUGAAGAUUGCAAAAUAAAUGAAUCGUCUUCAAGUGGCGUAGUGCUAUGCGGCUAUUCUACGGCCAAAUUUUCUCGGUGUGUAAUCACAUGUAACCAAAAGAGUGGUUUUCUCUGCAAGGAGAAAUCGAAUCUGCUAUGUGAUGGAUGUUCUAUAACGGGAUGCGGCGAAAAUGGAAUGGAAAUCGGUUCAAGCGGAACAAUUUUGAUAAAAUCUAGUAAUAUUGAGGGGUGUGAAGGGUGUGGAAUCAUCUCAUAUUCAAAUUCUAUUCCAUCCAUAAUGAAUAUGAGCAUUUCCUACUGCAAAGGACCUGCAAUUAAAGCAUUUGAAAAAUCUUCUCUUUAUUUAUCACAAAACAAGUACAUUUCAUGCGGUCAACCCUCAUUAUUAUACUUCCAAGAUGAUGUUCGCGUCAAAUCCUCUGACGAUUCCUUUAUCGGAACCGAUGGAGGAAUCUAUAUCCAAGGAAGUUCAGCUCUAAACAUAUCAAAAGCAACAUUUGAUUCAUUACUAUGUGGUAUCAUCAUUGAUGGCCCAUGUAAAACCGAAAUUGACGGUUCAAAAUUCCAAAAUAUUCAGAAAACAUCAAUUUCAGCCGAAAACAAAACAGAACUUACUAUUAAAAACACAGAUAUCAAAGGAAGUGGUGAAGAUGGAAUAUAUACAUCCGGAAUCAAAAAAUUGAACUUAAAUAACGUAAUUAUCGAAAAAUCCGGGAUCAGCGGCAUUGAUGCCAACAAUUCCACUUCCAUUAUCCUAAACAAAGUCUCUCUGCUCAAUAACAGAAACGCCGGCCUCGUUCUCUCCCAAUCAGAAGCCGAAAUUUCGGAUUCGAAAUCCAACGGAAAUGGAAUUGUCGCUUUCGAAAUCAGAGGCUGCAAAGGGAAGUUCCAAAACACUGAGAUCAAAGAUAACGCGUGCGGCAUCAUUUGCAUCGAUAAAGGACAGGCGUCAGUAGAUAACUGCUCUCUUUCAGACAACAAACAAUCAGCAAUUUUGUUGCUGAAUAAAAGUGUAACAACUUUACGUCACUCGAAACUGAUAUCGAAUGGUAUCAUCUGCAUGGGAAAGAGCUAUGCGAAAUUGAGAACAGACACUCUCUCAGGUUGCAGGAGUGCGUUACAAGUUGUUGGAAACAAAACAAAAGGAGAUAUAGAAAAUUGCUGUGUAGAAAAAUGCCAAUGCGGAAUAUUAGUAUCUGAUAACUCGUGUGUUGAUAUUAAUAAAACAACAUUUAAGGAGAAUAUGUGCGCGGCUGAAGCUAGAUUGGGAGCAACAAUUAAUUCAAAGGGAUGUACGUAUAAAAGAACAAAAGGAGAGAGUUCUUUGGUUGUUUUGUCUAAAAGUAAGCUCUCCUCCAAAAAUGAAAGCUUUGAAGAGGCUGGAAAAUGCGCAAUUUAUGCUGACACUUCGGAACAGAUGCAGGUAGAGAAUAUCAAUGUCAAUAAAUGCCAAAUAGCAGGUGUAGUUCUUCAGCAAUGUAAGAAUUCGUCGAUUUCAUCUUCAAAAUUCAAUAAAAAUGGAAGAGCUGCUGUAAUUGUUUCUGGAACUGGAUCCCAUAGAAUUAGUAGUAUUUCGGCUAAGGGUCAUUCUGAUGCUGCGGUCCUUUUGUCAAAUGGAUCAGAUCCAAAGCUUGAUAAAAUAGAAUCAGACUGUAAUGUAUCUUUAAUCAUCUAA